CAUGUAAGCUCCUCACACAGUUAGGUCUCUCUAAGUUAACAACAUAACUAGUCUAAUAAAAUAUUCAUUCAAUAAACCGUUACUUGUAAAAUACCCUGGUCACUUUACUGUAUUUCGGCUAACUGUUAGUUACUUUACAACUAUAAUACUAACCAUGGCAUUGCUUUCAAAUUUUUCUUGAGCAAUUAGUCAAUUUUACGGCGUUUGUUGAUAAGCCUUUUGAUGUCUACUAAUGCUUGUCAUUAAUUUCAUGUUUUUUAGUCUAAUAAUCUAUGUUAAUAUUGCCACCAUAAUUGUGCAAAUGCAAUCGCAUCUGUCUGAUCUGUCAACCACAAGUAUACUGGUACUGACGGAUUUAUUUGAUACGACUACGGAUCUACUGUAAGUUGGCAAUAGGAUGUAGUACAUUUACUGGGAUAGGUAAAACUACAAUAUGUUGUGCCCUAGAAUAUUUAACAUUCAUGCUUUACGUAUGUGCGUUAGUAUAGCGGCCUAGCGUGAUUCAUUAUAGCUACAGUUAGCUGAGAUAAAAUUCUCCAGCCGAAAAUAAUCAACUUGGAUCACUAUAAAACAUUUCCCACUGAGAAUUCAUAUAGAACAUUUCUAGUGUCAGUCUUUUCUCACAUCAAGAUUUAAGUGUUUCUAUGUAGUGUUAUACACUUGUUCUUUCAACCUAGUAAGAACCCCUUUUACCUUUCAUCUACAAAUCAAAUAAGUUUAUCAUUAAUAGCACAAGUAACUGCCAGAUUUUGUGUAACAGUCAGCGUUAGUAGCUUGUACAAGGUUACUUCCUGUAAAGGUUAGUUGAACUGAUUGUAUGGUAUGGGUAGUGGCUUGUUGAAACAGUAACCAUAAAAUAAAAUAAAACUAUAAAUUAGCAUUAUUAAGUAGGAGCAAAGCGAAAGCAAUCGCAGUUUGAACUGAAUUGUUAAGUGCUAUUGAAAACUACUUUCAUCUAACAUUCACGGGCAAAUUUGCCGAUUAACGUAAAGUAAGUUGCUUCAUUACUCACUAACACCCUUACUAUUCUGUUUCAUGUGUACAAUGAUGUUAAAAUUCUUGUUUACAGGUUAUUUCCAUACCAACGAAAAUGCUGUGACGUAUAUUUUCAAAUUAAAAUUAUCGUUUACAUUUAACACGUGUUUCUGAUUUUAUCCCCUUUUGAACUUAGCUGUUAGUGAAAUUAAAAGUGACAUAGUUGGAGUCGUCUAUUAUUGAUGUGAAUAUUUAUCCCAGAUAAAUACGUUUGACGUGUAGUAUCGUGAAAUAACUCACAAGGUGCUAUCAUAUGUGUUAGCUAGAUCCGAACCGAUUGGCAUUCGGCUAACGUUAUUCGAGUUUGUUUUGUGAAUAUAUAAGUUAGCAUUUCAAUAUUGAAUAACACCCGUUUGUAUUUACAUUUUGCUGAACUGUUGACAAUUACGGAGUGGUUCAUCAAUCUGGACAGUUAUACUGAUGUAAACACAAAUUGUAUUGAAGAGUGGGAAUUUUCAAGCGGUAAUAUAUUUUUAUUGCUUACCAAUCUUCAAACCACACGAGAAAAAUAAACAGCACGCAUCCAAAAUAUCUCAAGGUUUUAAUUCAAAUAAUUGAGUAUUUUUAUAUCAGAAUUAACCAUAGUUACCUUCAAUUUACUUUGAUCUAGGAAACAAAUUCGCUUUGGUUGUGAUCAUAUUUGAUUUUCCUAUUGUGUGGUUUUAAUUUACUGCUCGUUAUGUCUGGAAAGAAAUAAAGUUAUUGUGAUUAAUUCGUCAUUGUUAAAUUCAUUACCUAGUUGUUGGAAAUAGUAUUCGUAUCGCAUAUGCAAAAUUUGAUUCAGCAUAUAAAUGUCACGAUCAAGUUCCUCUCUUUGUACCCCUAAACGCAUACUUUAAUCUUUAUUCUGACAUUUGCGUUUUCAAUAUUAAGUAUACACACAAAUUACCGCUUCAGAAAUGAUUUACUAACCAUAGUGCAUCUGAACACUCUUCGAAAUACACCUUUUUUAUUUGAUCAUUCAAUGAGGCAUUUUUAUUUUGAGUACGACUCCAUCACCAGCAUGGUUUUGUAUGGCGAGAAUUCUUUAUUCGGAUUUUACGUUUCAACUCCAUUAUUUCAGCAAAUUUUAAGUUACUACUAUUCAAAACCCAUAGUUUACAAAUCACAAACAUUAAGUGGGUCCACUUUCGUUCUAAUUCUGUAGUCGGGAAUUAUUUCAGGUUUUAACCUCUUGUAAUUAUUAAUAUUUUUAAUGGUGAUCUAUCUCUUCCCUCUGUAGAUAUUGUACUACUAAGUGGCCAGUUACAGGUGUGCACAAAUGACCUGUAUAUUAACUUAUGUGGUCAAGAUACUCUUCAUUUUUCUCGGGUUUUGGUCCAGGAUUCCUCCUAAUAAAGCAUAUUCUCUAGAGCAGUCGUCCCCCACCUCUCAUAAUCACUCUGUAAACGAUAGUCUCAAACAUCUCCAUAUUUUAUUUCGACAUGGUGACAGAUCUCCAAUCGUUAACAUGCCUGCUAUUCUACACAAAAUUCCUCCUGCUUGGUCGCAAGGCUUCGGCAUGCUUACAGAUAAAGGUGUAGAGCAACACUUUUUUCUUGGGAAGUGGUUACGAUCAAAGUAUCAAGGAUUUGUUCCCAGUAAAUAUAACGGUUCUUAUUAUCAUGUUCGUAGUACGGAUGUCGAUAGAACUCUAAUGUCAGCAAUGGCAAAUGCAGCUGGGUUUUAUAACCAGUCUCCCUCUCCUCUGUCCGCUUAUGGCAUCAAUUGGUUUCCCAUACCUGUUCAUACAAAACCUCAAGUAACAGAUACACUUUUGGGUGUUGCACCAUGUCCUUAUCGGGAUUCGUUACAACGUAUACAAAUGGAUAGUCAACCAUCUAUUGAAUUUGAGAAAAAUCACUCAAAUUUAUUUGUCAAACUUACUAAUGUCGCUGGUAUUGGUCCAGUUAAUCGUCAUAAUGUAUGGUCCAUAUCCGAUUUUAUUACAUGUAUGAUUGCUCAUAACAUUACCCUUCCUGAUUGGUGUACAGAUGAUUUUCUAGCAGAAUUAUAUGAAGUCAAUAGAUUCUAUUGGGUGAAAAAAUAUUCUUCUUCAGAUGAUAUCAUUCGAUUGGAAAUUGGUGUCUUCUUAAACACAUUCGUUAAACAUAUACAUUCCAUCAUACGUGGGGAACAAUUGAAUUUAACUUAUGAAUAUACAUUAUUCACCGAACAUAUGAUGAUUUAUUCAGCUCAUGAUACUGAUGUAACUUAUAUUUUAGCUGGUUUCGGUGUUUAUAAUAAUCAAACAAUUAAUUAUGCAUCUACUGUUAUUCUAGAAUUACAUGGUCCAGAUAAAUCUAGCAAAGAAAGUGAUUAUCGUAUAAAAUUGUUGUAUAAAAAAGGUUGGACUGAUGAAACUGGUGAAUAUUUAACCUUACCAGCUUGUAAAGGUCAACCUGGUUACAAUGGUUGUCCUGUGAAUCUUGUAUUGGAACAAAUUAAACCAUUAUUAUUGAGUACUGAUAGAUUUUAUAAAGAAUGUUCAAUAGAUCAACCGGAUAGCGUAAAUUAUCGAUUACAUCCAAUUGUAUUUAUCUUUGUCGGUGCAUCAAUCUCCUCUGUAAUAAUGCUUCUAGUCUUUUGGUAUUAUUCACUGCGUUUACGUCGUUAUAAC